UGCGGCAGUGGUACUCCGCCGCCGGUGAAGAGGACGGGGAGGCGGGGGCGGUGGACAUGGCGAUGGCGAGGCGGUGGACGGCCGGGAGGAGAGGAGCGGCGCGGCGUGCGGGGCGGUGGGAGCAGCUGCGGAGGAAGAGCAUUUCGGGUGGAAGACGUCUCCUCCGGCUCCGGGAGGGAAGGGGAUCGAUCGAAUGCUGGAGAACCUUCGCUAGAUGGGCCGGCUGGCAAAAGAAUCCUGGAGGCCCAAAAGAAGCCCUAGCCCAUCUAAGCCUCCCCGUCUCUCUCCGUCUCGGGCUCUCUCUCGUCUCCCUUACUAGCCGCAUCGUGCCCUGGCUCGCCCUCUCCUACCUCCGGCUGCGCCGCCGCCCCCUGUCCCCGCGUCGCUCAGUUCGGCAUCCACCGGAGUACCCAGAGAUGGCGGCGAGGAGAGCCAGCGCACGCGCGCGGCCCAACGUGCUGAUGACCGGGACGCCGGGGACGGGGAAGACGACGACGUGCUCCCUCCUCGCCGACGCGGCCGGCGUGGUCCACGUCAACAUCGGCGACCUCGUCCGCGAGAAGGGCCUCCACGACGGCUGGGACGAGGACCUCGACUGCCACGUCAUCAACGAGGACCUGGUCUGCGAUGAGCUCGAGGACAGGAUGGAAGAAGGCGGUGUACUGGUAGAUUAUCACGGAUGUGAUUUCUUUCCAGAGCGUUGGUUUGACCUUGUGGUCGUGCUUCAGACCGACAACUCAAUUCUGCAUGAUCGCUUGACUAGCAGAGGCUACAUGGGUGCCAAGCUCACAAACAACAUAGAGUGUGAGAUCUUCCAGGUGCUCCUAGAGGAGGCGAGGGAGAGCUACAAGGAGGAUAUAGUGAUGCUGCUGCGAAGUGACAGCGUCGAGGAUAUCAGCAAGAACGUGAGCACGCUGACAGAGUGGAUAAACAACUGGAGACCAUCCCAGUGAGCUACCGGUCCAUGGUAUGCUUUCGGUGUUGACUUACAUUGUUGAGGGAUUGUGUUGUGGUUGGAGCCCAUGGGGGCAAGCUGACUGUAAAUUAGCUGGUCUGGUCGAAGUUUUUUAUUUAUUACAAGUGCCAUGGGCGAUUUGAAUUCGUACCGAUGAAAAGAUGGGUACUGCUGCUGCAUAUGAGUUGGAUUUGUAUGUGUUCGUUACAAGGUCAUGUUUGCCUCUCUCUGAGGCUCUGGGAAGGAUAUUCGGCGGCCAAGAUUUGGACGUUAAUUGUUCUGCGUGUUUGCAUAUGAAAUUAAAUGAUGGUUGUUACCGACUGA